GGCUGUCUCACGAAAAAAAAAAGUUAAAAGAAUACAACAUAGGCUACAUAAACUUAUUUUACACUCACAAAUAAGUUUAACAUAUUGUAGUUUAUUGUAGGCUUAGUUGUAACAUACACACUACUGAAUGUCCAUAUUUUCAUGUAUCUUAGUAUUUCAUCAUAGGUCUCAUUGAGGGCCUCACUAGUGUUUCCCACACUACCCCCUCCCUUCUUUUCCCGCCAAAAAGCCUUGGGGGUUAGACAUCUGCCAUUUCCUGAUAGGGCGAAUCAAUGUCUCCAUGACAACCGUUGCCACGGACAACAGGGGAUGCCUCGAGGAUGCUGCCACAACAGCGAAUGAUGGCGGCUGAUCAGACUGUGCGCGGAGUUCCUCCUUCUCUGUCUGCUAAAGUGGUUGGGUCAUUUGCUUAUUUGACGGUGAAAGACAGAUUGCCGACCAUCCUGACUAAAGUAAUAGACACAAUCCAUCGCAACAAAAACAAGUUUUUUGAAGAAUAUGGUGAGGAGGGUAUCGAGGCAGAGAAGCAAACUAUUUCUCUGCUGUCUAAGAUGAGAAAUGAGCUGCAAACUGAUAAGCCUGUACUAGCUCUGACGGAUGGCCUGAAAGACUCAGACUCCUGGAACCAGUACCUGCAGAGACAACAGGGACUGCAAGGGGACCAGGAGUCUGUCAGCUGGUUCAAGUCUCCAUGGCUUUAUGUGGAGUGCUAUAUGUACCGCAGGAUACAGGAGGCUGUCUGGCUCAAUCCUCCCAUCAAUGACUAUGAUGUCUUUAAUGAAGGAAAGACUCAGAGCUUUUUUGAGUCUCAGCAGGCUGUGGUAGCUCUAUGUACAUACUUGGAGGAUGUCAACAAGAACAUGGAAGAAAUUUCUAAAAAUCAGCUGCUUGAGCAUUUCAACAAACUACUAAAGGUUUCUCUAUGGGGGAACAAGUGUGACCUGUCAAUCUCUGCUGGUCAAGACAACUCACAGAAGACCAGUCCCUUAGAGUCCCUCAACAACUUACAACCCUUUAUCUUGGUGGAUGACUCCAACAUGGUAUGGUCAACUCUUAUUUCUGCCCAGAGGCCAGGACAGUCAGGGAAAACAACCUCUGGUAGAGUGGAUAUCGUUCUAGACAAUGCUGGCUUUGAGUUAGUCACUGACUUGGUCCUAGCAGAUUUCCUGGUUUCCACUGGCCUAGCCCGUGAGAUUCAUUUUCACGGUAAAUCCAUCCCAUGGUUUGUCUCUGAUGUCACAGCAAACGAUUUUCAGUGGACCAUCCGGCAGACUAUGGCAGCCAAUCACAAGUGGAUGUCGAAGAGUGGUGUGCAGUGGCAGAGCUACCUGAAGGAGGGUGUGUGGUCCUAUCAUGACCAUCCUUUCUGGACGCAGCCACAUGAGUUCUGUGACAUGGCAGCUGAUGCUCCUGACCUGUAUGCGACCCUGCAGGGGGCAGACCUGGUGCUGUUUAAAGGUGAUCUCAACUAUAGGAAGCUGACAGGGGAUAGGGAAUGGGACCACACAGUUGGCUUUGAUACUGCUCUGAGGGGUUUUGGACCCGCACCACUGUGCAGCCUUAGGACUCUGAAGGCCAACAUUCAGGUCGGUCUGCAGCCAGGCCAGGCAAUGAAGCUCAGCUCCCAAGAUCCAGACUGGAUGACCAGUGGCAAAUUCGCUGUCGUUCAGUUUCACAGCCCAAACUCAGAACAGUAAGACUGACUUCAGCAGGAAGACAUGCAUUCAUGCAAUGUCACAGUAAGCAGUGACAUAAGCAGGAGUUAUCUUUGAGCCAUAAGAGCAUUUAGUUACAGGAGUUUAUUAAAUGGUGUCCUUGUUCCUCAUUGUCAGUUAUCAUGUUUGAUACAUAAAUGCACAAUAACAAUUGUUUAAUUUUUAUUUUCACUGUAGACUUGUAUCAUGAUCUCAUGCUUAAAAUAUUUGCACUUUCAGACUAAAAUGUCUUCUUAUGAUUUGAACACAAUUAAAUUGUUUACUGUGACAAAUGUAUUCAUGGAGGUGACACAAAAGAUUUCCAUUGCAUUUUAUCAAAAAUUGCAGAUAAGUCAUAAUGUUUACAGGUUGAUAUAAAUGCUAUAAACAAGUAUUGCGUUGAAAAUUUAGCAAGAAUUGGGCUUUAUAAAUCCUCAUCUUUACAGCAGCAAUACUGUCGCUCCUGCAUGCAAUUUAGAAGAGUGAUGAUGAAUGUAAUAUACAGUUAUUUUAAUGCAGCUCAGGUUGUUUCACUGUUAUUGAUAUGCAUGCGUCAAAACAUGCAGACAUUCAUUUAAAUUCACCUAAGGCAUGUCGUAACAUCUCUGGAUAAAUGUUUUGCUCAGUUUGAAAGAUGGUGGACUGUUAUUGGGGCAGUGUAACAACAACAGUGACGACGUGUGCUUGUUUUGUUUUAAAUGGCAACCCAGACCUCUAUCUCCAUAGAUAAACGUGGAUUUCUCUGUACACACUGUUAUGUAAUUCAAAUCCUCAUUGUCGGUGUUAGUACCUCAGCGGUGAUAACUGGAUUCUUCUCAGUGCUGCUGAGGGAAAUUAUAUCAUUUUCAUUAAUAGGUUUGAUUAAAUAAAGAACUGCAA